CCGCCUCCCCGGGGUCGCCCCUCAGACGCUGCUUCUAGGUCGGAUCCUCCGCCCAGGGGCGCUCGGGUGCCGCCCCACGCGCCGCACCCGUCCCUGGCCAGAAAGGAGCCCGUUGCCGCAGGAUUUAUUCAUGACGCAUCCGGGAAGAGUAGACAUGUGUCCUCAUGAAAACCAGAGAAGGGGAUGGAGAAGAGGAUGUUGAUCUUACCAGACACGUCCCAGGUUCUUAAGCCACGGUUGUGAAGAAGCUGAAAGGAUAAUCCAAGUGAUGUCUGUCCCCCGACUCAUUCCCCAUUGGAAGGAUUUUAAACCCCUCCUAAAUGAUUUGAUAGAUAAAAGCAAGACCACAAGAAAGGACUCAAAGAGCGACAUCGUCGUGCUGAGUGACCGCUCCGUGAUACUGUUCAAAGAGUCUCGCUAUCCUCACAACAUGCCGCUCAUAUGCUAUUACUUGAGUGAUACCCACUUCUUCGUCUCCUUUUCUUGGGUGACGACAAAUGUUAAAGAAGUACAGGCUGUAGUAUGGAGCAAGAACAAAGGUGACGACAUAGUUGAGAAGAAGACAUUCUCCAUGGCGGAGCGGCUGCCGCCCAUCCAGUCCAUGGUCCACACGGGCUCAUUCCACAUCCUUGUGGCCUACUGUGGUGACAUGAUCCUGCGGCUGUUUGGGGACCACUUCCGGGCAUUCAAGCCCCUGAGCGUAGUGCCCUGCCGCUUCAACAUCAGCUGCCUCUGCUAUGACCCAGAAAUGCAGAUGCUUCUCUCAGGCAUCCUGGGGGCCGUGGUCACCUGGUUCAUCGAGCGGAGUGGCUGGGGCCUCCAGAUAGCCCAUACGGUGACCAUGACUAGUGACGAACUCAUCCAGGACAUCAGCUUGAAUGGCCCUAACGGCGCCCUCCUGGCCCUGUGUGAGACGACGGUGAGGGUCCUGGAGCGCCAGGGCUACGGCCGGCUGGCCGAGGUGAAAAGGUUCACGAGCACCACCUCUGGCUCUCCUGUCACCUGCUGCUUCGUCUGUUUUGACCAGGGCUUUCUGUACGCGGGGAACGAGGCCGGGGAAAUCCAAGCCUGGAGCCUCAGCGAGAGCUUCUCCCUCCACAGCUUCAAGGCCCACUCCAUGUCGGUGAUCUGCAUCCGCAGCCGGCCGGAAGCCCACACCCUGCUCACCGGGGGCAAGGAAGGCAUCAUCAAGGAGUGGAACCUGACCUCGGGGAGCCUGCUGCGGCAGCUGGAGCUCGGCGAGCACCUGUUCAGGCUCCGGUUCAUCGACAACACCACUUUCUUCUGCCAGACGCUGCACUCCUUCUCCCUGCGCCGGCUGCCCUCCUUCUACAACCUCUUCAACGUCUGUGGCGCCUCUCCCCAGGAGGUGCGUCGGGUCCACUGCGGUCACAACUGGUUCCGGAUCCUGUGCGUCACCGACGACGGCUUGCUGCGGUUUGUGUCACCAGUGACCGGGGAGCUGCUGGUGGUCACCUGGCCCUACUCGAUCCUGGACAGAGCUGUGGAUUGGGCCUAUGACCCAGAAAAGGAGGAGCUCUUUGUGGCCACCGGCAGCACCGAGGUGCUGGUGUUCGACACUACCCGCUGCCCGUGCCCAGCGAAGUAUCUCUUAUGCACCACAGCAGACCCGCAGGACCAGGUCCAGUGCCUGGCCUAUGGGCAUUUCCACCUCGGCCGGGGCCUGGAAGGGCUCAUGUUUGCUGGGCACCAGAGCGGCGUGAUAAGAGUGCUGUCCCAGCACAGCUGUGCCCGGAUAGAGAAAUGCUUGCACUUCGGCGCCGUGCUGGCGCUCUGCACCCUGCCCAGAUGGGUUUCUGGAGGCCACGGAGAUACGCUGCUCUGUUCCUAUGGAAUGGAUGACUAUGUGCACCUCUCAGAAGCCGUGCUGGAGGGCAUCGGUGUACAUCUGCGGCCCCUCGCCAGCAUUUUCAGCAGCUGUCACCUGAAACACUUAAAACUCUUGCCCAAGUCUGUGGGCGCCAUCACAGAAUCUAACUGCCUGCGGCUCUGGAAGUUCCAUGACUUCAUGUCCUCGCAGACACAAGUAGGCUCGUCAUACGUAGAGACGCUGCCUCUGCACCAGUGCUCCAUCACGUCCUUCGACGUCUGCCUGCCCUUGAGUCUUUUCGUCACAGGUGCCGUCGACGGCAGUGUCCGGGUCUGGAACUUCCACGGCAGGCUGAUAGCCAUGCUGGACUCGUCGCUGCACUUUGGCCCGCUCUGCUUUGCAAAUGACCGGGGAGACCUGCUCGUGACUUUCAACCAGAGUUUUUAUCUGGUGUCCUGUUUAAGGCUGAUCCCGCCAGAACUGCUGUCUCGCCUGUCCUUGAUGAGCAUGAUAGACGAUGUGCUGGAGAUGCCGAAGCCUUUCAUGCCGAGCUUCUUCUUCUCUUUUGAGGUCCUGUUCGUGCCCAGGUAUAUCUACCAUGGGAAAGGGAAACAGGAGCUGGCCGGGCUGCAGAAGCUCGUCAACAAGCGGGCCAUUGCCUUUGACCACUCUGUGCCGCACGUGGUAGAGGAAGACGAGCAGGGGGGCACCGUGAUACUGUCCACUUUCGCCUGCGAUUCCUUGAACAAGGAGGAAACUGACUGGCUGCAGGAGAGCAAAUCUCAACACCAUUAUGUCACCCCUCCUCAGCUGAAGCUGAGUAGCUGGGACGGACUCAACCCCUAUCAGAUACUGCGGUGCUACUUCGGUCAGGGGCGGGACUGGCCCUUUGCUCCCGACUGCUACAUCCCCAACUCGGUGAUCCGCGCGCGCCUCUGGCCGGAGGGCAGCCCGAUAUUCCUGCAGUGCAGCCUCCACUCACCCACGCGGCAAAUGGAGUGGGAGAGAUCCCAACUCUUCUUCUGGCACGGGAGGGUGAAACCUAUAGUUGAGAUCAAAGAACACGAACCGGAAAGGGAGAGCAAACAUUUUCUGGAACAGAGAGUGUCCAAGGAUAUGACCUACAGCGUCCUUACCAACGCAGCCAACCGCAGCUGGCUGGGCAAGAAGAUGAGUGAGAUCGCUAUCUGCAGCAUGAUCGAGACGAUCCUCAACAUUAUGAUCCACGCCGUUCCCCUGAAGUACCAGUGCUGUAUCGGCGCGCUGGGGCAGAUCUUUGCCUCUUACGAGGUGCCCCCACCCGUGCGCUCUGAAGCUGCCCAUCGGCUGCUGGAUGACACCACCAAUUCCAACCCGCUGAUCCGAGAGCUCGCCUGGGAAGGGCUGAAGCGGCUCGGCAUUAUUACCCAUCUCUUCGCCAUGCCUCUGGCCCAAGGACUGAUGGACAAGGACCAAAGAGUGAGGGAGAAGGUCCUGAGCCUGAUGCCCAACACUGGCAUCCACUCGAAGGCCUCACUCUUAAAGCUGAUCCAGAGCCGAGAUACCUUCCGGGAGAUGCAGCAGGAAAUGGUCGGGGAGAAAGCUCUAGACAGUCUGCUGGGGAUGCGGGCCACAGAUCUCCAAAUCCUGUCCACUCAAGUGGAACAGCGACUGAACGAAAACCUGACCUUGUCACGUGAAGACAAGAAGCCUGCAUUUUCUUUGUCCAUUGUCGUAGACCGUGCACUCUCGGAUGUUGCCGUAGCUGCCAAAGACCGCCAAGUGGCAGUGAAGCCCAGCAAAGGCCAAAAGCGGGGCCGGGCAGGGGGGAAGAAACAUACCCGAAAAUUGUUGCGGGGACUCAAGAAGGUAAAAGAGACUGGCCAAGAGCCAGGUCCCUCGAAGCCAGUUUCCUCAGAGGGGGAAAGUGACCAGAAGGAGGCUUUAGCCACUGAGGUGCCAGAGAUAGUCCAUCUCUCCAAAAGGCCCUCAAUUCUCAUCACAAAAGAUGGCGAAGCAGAGAAAAGUGCUUCAACUGGUAUAUUGGCCCCAAAGACACAGAAGAAAGUACGUGACAAAAAAGGGAAGAAAAAAACAGCUCAGAAACCCAUAAAGAGGCUCAAAAAGACAAAAAGUGCUGAAAUUACACCUGAGCAACCUCAGGAGCCUGAAAAGGUAGAAACAUUUGUGAAGAAGCAAGUCAGUGGGCGAGGCGCUGCUGGCGUGCCAGGCUCCAGGGCCAUCCGUGGAGAGAUCUUAAAAUGGCGGGAUGACCUGUGUCGUCUCAUGACCUUAAGGAUAUCUGGUUCCCAAACAAAAAUGUCAGACGCUCUAACCGACGAGCUCAUUACCAGGGCUAAGGAGGUUCUGGGCGAUCGGCAUCCUAGCUGGGAGCUCUUUCAGGAGAUCUGCCCCCUGUUGAAGAAAGAGAGUGAAGAGUCUGAGAUCCUUGACUGGGAGAUAGCCUGGCCAGAGGAGAAACCAGUUUUUAUUCAGGAAGGAGCAAUUAGAGAGGAAUUGGUGAUCACAGACAAGGAAGAGAAGUCAGAGGAGGAAGAGCAAGAAGUGCAGACAGACUUGACAGAAACCCAGGUGAUUCCCAAAAAAGGAAAGAAAAAGAAAGUUAUUUUUUUAGAACCAGGAGACCUCAGCAAGGAAAAAAGAUUGAAGAGGGAGAAGAAAGCCUCUAAGAAGCCCACUAGGCAAGGGAUGCAGGAGAUGAAAAUAGAUAAAAAAAUGAAGAAAAGGCCCAGAGAAAAGACAGCCAAAAGUCAGGAAGAGGGGGAAGUGGCUGGUGAGAAAGAGGAGGAAGUGGCUGGUGAGAAAGAGGGGGAAGUGGCUGGUGAGAAAGAGGGGGAAGUGGUCGAUCAGAAAGAGGGGGAAGUGGCCGAAGUAGAGGAGAAAGUGAUUGAGCAAGAAGAAAAACCAUCUCGGAAGAGGAAGCUGUCUUGGGAGAAGUGGAGGGAGACCUUGGAGGAGUGGAAAAAGAUCCGCAGUGAGUUAAAAAUACCCUGGGAGAAAUGGAAGAAAGAGUGGAGAAAGAGGGUCCUUGAGAAAGAAGAGGGCGCAUACAAGGACCAAGAAGAGCCAUCCCCGGAGGACGAAAUGCCACCUGACGCUGAGGGGAUGCUGAGCUGGGAUGAGUGGGCCUAUGUCUGGGAAGAGAUAUUGUCGAGGUCCAAGGAGAAAGUAUUAGAGGAUGAGAAGAAACUGAUGGAGGGUGAGGAGGAAGCGUUAGAGGGUGAGGAGGAAGCGUUAGAGGGUGAGGAGGAAGCAUCAGAGGGUGAGGAGGAAGCGUUAGAGGGUGAGGAGGAAGCGUUAGAGGGUGAGGAGGAAGCGUUAGAGGGUGAGGAACCGCUGCCCCUGGAGGAAGAAUUGUCUCAGGUGUGGGUGGAAGAUGAAAUGCUGGUGGGAGAAGGCGAGGAGGAACGUAAACAGGCACAGGAGAAGUGGAAACAAGCACACCUGGAAAGAAAACAAGCCCAAGAAGAGAGGAAGCUGGCACAAGAAGAAGUGAUGCUAGCGCAAACAGAGAGAGAGCUGGCCCAUGAAGAGAGGAAACUGGUCACAGAAUAUGAGAAAACGGCCCAGAGUGAAAGAAGAAUGACCGAGACUGAGUGGAAGUUUCUCCAGAAAGAGGGAAUACUGGCCACAUCUGAGGAGAACCUAAGCCGGGAAGCAGAACAACUGGCCCGCGAGAAUAAGUCAUUGUCCAAGAAAUGGGAGAAAGUGGCUGAAGGAGAAGAGGCCAUAGCCAGAAAAGAAGGGAAGCUAGCUGGGUUAAAAGUGACAUUGACCCAGAAGUUGGAAAAACUGACCCAGAAGGAGCAAGAUUUGGCAUGUCAAGAAAAAGACCUAGCCCAGGAAUUGGAAGAAAUAUUAUGGGAAGAAGAGGAAAUUGCCAGGAAAGAAGAGGAUCUAAACAUGGAAGAAAAGGAACUGGAUAUGGAAGAAGAGGCACUGAGUGAGGAAGAGAGGACACUGGGCUGGCAAGAGGAGAAACUGACUAAGGAAGAAAAGAAGCAGGCCCUGGAAGAAGACCUGUUGAUCCAGGAAGAGACAAGAAUGGCCCAAGACAUGGAAAAAUCACCUGAGGAAGAGAAAAGACUGGCCCAGAAAAGGGAGCAGUUGAUGGAGAAAAAGAGAAAAGCAGCCGAGGAAAGGGAAUUAUUGGCCCAGAGCAAGGAGAAACUCACAGAGGACAAGAGGGCACUAUUCCGGAGGAGGAUGGCCAUAGCUCAGGAGAAGGAGAACUUGGCUCUGAUGAGGGCACAACUGGCUCGGAGGAAACGGGAGUUGUUGCAGGUCAAAGAAAACAUAGCCCAGGACAAACAGAAAUUAGCCCAAGUGAAGAAGAAAUUGAGCGUGUGUGAGGAGAAAGUGGUUCAUCUGGAAAAAGAUGUGCUGGAGGCAAAGAGGAAACUUUCCCAGAAGAAGGAAAAACUGACUGGUAUAGAGGAAAAACUGACCAAAACCAGGAAAAGUCUGGCUGAGAAACAGCAAAAACUGGCGCAGGACAAAUUGCGAUUCGCCGUGGAGGAAAAGGUAAUGUUUCAAGAAGGGAAAGUGAGCCCAAAAAAGUGGGAUGCUGCUCAGGAACAAACAGCCAUGGCCGCAGAAAUCAGGAAACUGGCCCAGGAAAAGGUGAGAGUGACAGAAAGGAAAAUUCUGUCUGAGGGAGAGACUCCAGCAACUUCAGGAAAGCAAAGAGCAGUGAAGAAAGACUUGGAACAAACUAUGAGGAAAUUAACACUACAGGAGAAAAUACUGUCAUAUGAAGAUAGGAUACUGGCCACAGAACAAAGGGAUGUAGCCAAGGAAGAAAUGGAAAGCACUAGAAGAAAGAGAGUAUAUGUCCAGGAAGAAAGGAAGCUAGCCAAAGUGAUAAGGAAGUCCGCUAGAGAUGGCAGGGACAUUUCCAGGGGACCAAAAGGAAGGAGGAAAAUAUUAAAGGCACUUCAAAAACUUACCAGAGAAGAGAGGGCCCUAGCCCAGCAAGGCCUGCAGUUGGCGAAGGUAAAGAGGUUACUCCACAUUAAGGAAAGGAAAUUGAGCAAGUUACAGAAAACACUUGAUAGCAAAGAGUGGGACCUAUCACAGGAACAAUUACAAAUGACCAGAGAAGAGAAAAAGCUGGCUAAGAAGCAGAGAAAGUUGGCCAAGCAAAUGGUAAGUUUGACUGAGAAAGAGAAACAACUGAUGGAAGAAGAAAGCAGGUUAGCAAAAAAACAACAAGAAAUCCUGUCAGAAGCAGAAGAAUUAACAGAGGAUGAAGCGGCGAUCCCAUCCCUGAAGCCAAAGUCAAGAGAGAGCAAAAAGCCAAAGAGCGGUGACACGUCACAGAGAGAGUCUCCACAUCUGAGUCUAGCAGAUGACUUGGAAACUGAAGAGACUUUUACGAGGAAACUUGAAGUUAUGUUAGAUAAGCUGGAGCAAGAGACUCUGCCUGAGGAGGAAGAAGUGGAAGAGGAGGAGGAGGAGGAGGGAGAGGAGGAGGAGGAAGAGGAGGAGGAGGAGGAGGAGGAAGAGGAGGAAGAGGAGGAGGAAAAGGAGGAGGAGGAGGGAGAGGGGGAGGAGAGGACACGGAAGGUAAAGGAGGAGGAAGAGGAGGAAAAGGAGGAGGAGGAAGAGGGGGAAGAGAAGGAGGACGUGUUGGAGGAGGAGGAGGAAGAGGAGGAGGAGGAAGAGGAGGAGGAGGAGAGGAUGAAAAGUCUGGGUGAGAAAGCAGCGAAAGAGAGACGCUUGCUGGAAGAAAGGCUGGGCAAGGAAAAAACAUUCUUGAAAUUAGAAAAACCAGUUAAGUUAAAAGGGAAAAAGGAUGUCAUGGAAGAAGAAGUGCUCCCUUCUAUUGGAAAAAGAACCCCUGAGCUCAUGGACCGUGCCACAAAACUGGGAGAGCUGCAGUUUCCUCCCAGAGAGCUGAAAGGCCCUUUCAAGAAACGGGUCUCCAUAACUCUGGGGAAGGAAGAGAAGAUUCCAGAGCUCAUGUCUAUGAAACAAAGAAGCGGGGAGUUCAAGGCCACAGCACUUGAGGCAUCCGGGGCAUUCCCAGAGACAAAGCUGAUGGAUCAACAAGCACUGCUGAAGGUAGAGAAGCCCCCAGCAGAACAUGACAUAGACGUGGAAGCUCUCGAACUGGACAUGCAGACUCCGUACGUGUCCCACCUAUUGAGGAAGAUCAUGGAAGAUCAGACACUCAAAGGCAAACAACUAGAGACCAAGUGGGGGUGGAUUAGGCAGCAUCGCCCAUCUCUGGCGGACAUGACUAAGGCACAACUGCCUCAUAUCAUGGCCGAGAGGAUGAAAGCAGAGGUCAGCCUGUCAGAUGUCGAGUGGAUCCACCGUGUCCUAGAACGGAUGGUGGCAGGAGAACAGCUCUCCAGGAAUAGUUUCCACAGGUUGUGCCAGGUUCUCAAAGACCUCACCUCAAAGGGAAACCUAAAGUGGACGCAACUGGCCCUCCUGGACACCAUCGUGCACCGGCACAGGCAGGGCCUGGAGUCCCAGCACACAGCUAUGUUAAAACCCCAGGAGCCCAUGGUGCCAAAAUACCAGAAAGUGAUCCCCCCUAUAAAAGGGAAGGAAAGGGAGAGCUGGCACAAACCUUUGGCUGACCCCACCCUAAAGUUCCCACCAGUGACCAAGAGGCUUCCAGACAUGAAGGCUAUCAACUGGCAUCUCCUAGGUGAGCCUUACAGGAGCGCGCGGGCCCAGCAGAGGUCCCACGCCCUCCAGGAGAUGGAGAGGCGCUAUUUUGGGCCUGCGGUGAGACACGUUUUUACAGACACACGUGCUUCCGUGGAAAAGCAAACCUUGGCCCUGAUGUUUCAGAAGGACUUCUGGGCUUUUAAGGAUAAGGGCAGGUUUUCCAGAUUACCCAAGUUGGGGAAGUCAGCACAGCCCGCCUCUAAACAAAAGGAAGCAGUGCCGCCAUGGGAGACCUUCGUGGCGUUGUACUACGUCUUGCGGAUGCUGCAGCAGCAGUACGCCAAGGACAGCGCUGGCUGGAUGGAACAGUUCCACCAGCUCAUGGACCUGUACCAACUGAAGUCCCCCCGAGUCCAGAGGCUGCUGCAGGAGUUGCUCCUGGGAGAAGAACCCCAGGCCCGAGAGACCACUGACAUAGCGGGCCUAGAGGCGGUGCAGCUGGUCCCCGGGGAACGGCUGUUCUACCGCCUGUACUGUGGGCGUUCUCACGCCCCCAGAGGGCCUCUGGCAUUCCAGGAGGUGGUGUCUCUCCCAGAGCAGAACAAUGUGCAUGCCCUCCUCCCCAUGGGCAUUGCCCACUAUGGGUUCUUAGAACUGGCCUGGAAGAGUCUGCCUCAAGCUGAUACUCACCUCACCAAGGAAAUGCCCCACAUCAUUACUCCUGCUCCCUAAUUUGAGACCCAUUGGCGGUCAGGACUCAUUGGAGAAAGGCCUGGUCACCAGACUCUAGACCUUUAUCCCUCGGUAGGGGUAGGCCAAAGUCCUUUCCCCACCCAUUCCAGAAACCCCCUUCUAUUUGUAGAAUAAAGAGGAGGUUCUCAUUUGC